CAGCCGUGUGGCCUGAAUUCCGUCUCCACAGGUACCUGCUCAAAGUGACCUACAUCCAAACCCCCACUCAGCACUAAACCCCAUCACAUUUCCAUUGGUACCUACUUUGGCUCAUCGUUCGACAUGACCAACGACCCAGUAGAUGUAGAGAGAAGCGUACCGCCAUCAGAGUCCAAAAUGAACUCGACUGCGAACUCCACCGAUGGCGCGAAUGACCAAAUCACAGUAUCAGGGACAGCCGAUAUGCCACCCGACCAUGGACCACUCACCAAUACUCGAGAGAACCUGUUCAUGUUCUUCAUAACCCUGACACAGCUUGUUCAGAUGAUUCCCCUUGGGGCCGGCAUCAAUUCCGGACUGGCAAUUGGUGAGGCAGUAGGAGCAACUCACAUCCAGUCAGUCUGGAUAGUGGCCUCAUACCCGCUGACCCAAGGCGCUUUUGUGCUCAUUGGUGGACGCCUAGGAGCCGUCCUGGGUCACAAGAAGAUGUUCUCUUUCGGUUGCAUGUGGUGGACGAUAUGGGCCUUGGGUGGCGGCUUCUCGGACAACCUGAUCGCGGUUUGUUUCAUGCGAGGUCUCUGCGGAAUAGGAGGUGGUUUGAUGAUACCCAACAUCGUCGCUUUGCUGGGCAUCACCUUCCCCCCAGGCAAAAAGCGUAAUCUUGCUCUAGCUCUCUUCGGCUCCAUGGCCCCUGUGGGCGCAGCCGGGGGCUCGCUCGUCUCCGCUGUCAUUGUUCAGCUAACACAUUUCAAGUGGAUGUUCUUCAUGCUUGGCAUGUUAGGCUUGACUGUAUACGGAACUGCGAUCUUUCUGAGCCCACAGGAUGAGCCUGUCGAUCCAAACGGAAAGAUUGACUGGGUUGGAGCCUACCUUGGAGUUGGAGGUUUGAUCUUAUUUAACUUUGUGUGGAAUCAAGCUCCGCUGGUUGGGUGGGACAGCCCCUAUGAGAUCGCCCUCCUAAUCAUCGCAAUCAUCCACUUUGCAGCAUUUGCCUAUUGGGAAAUCAAGGUUGCUAAGGAGCCGAUACUACCGUUCAAUAUUUGGAAAGCACCUUCCUUUGGCAUUCUCAUGCUUACGAUCUUUUUUUCUUUCAUGAGUCUGGGGAUUUUCUUCUGGUACAUGAAUGUGUACAUGAUCACAAUCCGUGGCGACAGCCUGAUCAGAGUUGGAGUUCAAUACUUGCCACUGACUAUCGUCGGCAGCAUGGUUGCUUUCUUGGCGGCAUGGCUCGUUCCUCGCGUUCCAGCACAAGCCAUUAUUGGUGGUGGUUGUAUCGCCGUCAUUACCAUCAACUGUCUCUUGGCCACGAUUCCCGCUGAUAUUACCUAUUGGGCUAUGGCUUUUCCGGCUUUGUUUCUUUCUGGUUUCACAAUCGAUUUGAUUGUUACCAGCGCGCAGAUUAUUGCAAGCAAUACCGUACCGAUGAAACAUCAAGGUGUUGCUGGGUCUUUGGUGGGAACACUACUCGGUUAUGGAAUGAGUACAGGCCUAGGAAUUGCAGGCACGGUCGAGGUUCAUACCUUUGAUGAUGGCAGAGACUUACUUCGUGGCUACCAUUCCGCUGCCUAUCUUGGAGUCGGGUUAGCGGUUGCCGCUUUCUUGAUGGUUGCUUUCUUCAUUCGGAUUCCGAAGGACACUCGAGAGGGCUGGGGUGAUGACGAAGAAGGCGCAGCGAGGCACAGAAAAGCCACGAGUUCUUGAGAUGGAGGCGUAGCUUCAAAUUCUGGUUUGUUACACUGGUGGCAGUGUUGUAUAUGUUGUACCUGGAGGCUUGUGGCUGAUCGUAGGAUCGGAUGCGCUCUGAUACAAUAUGAACAUAUUUAAUGAAAGGGUUUCUGGAACAGAAUCAAUACC